UUGCGUAGUGCCGACGGGCUGUGUAUCCCCACUGACGAGAAGCUAUGGGAUUAGCAAAAUAGUCCAGAGAUGCGUGUGUCUCCUUGGUCACCUCUGAAAACACACUUCUUUAGCCGGUUCCGUCACCGAGGUAGCGGCGUUGUUGUUACGAACGGGCGCAGAUUUUUAUUACGCUGUCUUACGGAAUAAUGUUAACACCUGUGGCCUUGAGCAGAGCAGGAAAACGAACUUGCCACCUGAGGUAACUCGCUAGCGCGUUAGCAGGCUCGGCGGCUCGACGACAUAAUAGGCUGCUGUGCUUCUCGGGAACACGGUGUGCUCGUUGUGUCAGAUCAGCUCGGCCGCUCAUCGAUGAUAGUAUCUGUGAUUUACAGAUAGCGUCUCUAUCCUUCACGGUUGCCUUUUGUUGUGUAAUCAUCCCCCCUGGCCGUGGGAUGGAGUGGCACCAUCUUACUUGCUAGUGAGCGAGCUAGCAGCUGUACAGCCGGUCCCCAGUGUCUUCGCAUUGCGCUGGCUAAAAAUACACUUCUUGUCCCAUGCUCACUGCCCCUCCAAAAGUGGUGGGCUAGUCCACACCGGACUUCGGAUUUUCUGGUCGCCUUGCUUGGAGUUUGGCACUCUACAUGGUCACUACAGUGAAUUCAGGACGACUUGAAGAGCGAGUCGGACCCCGAGGUUGUGAGCCGAGCUGGCCUGAUCUAACGUUACAUCGUACCGGUUGGUGGGCUUUAGGUCUCCAAGUGAACGAAACUCGGCUUUGGCUUAUCGGUGGCCGAAUAUCAUUUUGCCCUAAUGGCCUUGUACUGCCUCCAGUAGUAAUAUAAGAAGCCUUGGUGCAGCCCAGGGUUGCAAGAGCUAAACUCUGUAAAGGUCAGAGAAAAACACUGUUUCCACUGUCAACUGUCUGAGAUUGGCGAGGCAGACUUCAUCUGUCCGGAGCAGAGCACCAUGUCGGAGGACAACAACGCAGACAAGUUUAUCAAGGAGACAUCCAUUCUAGACGAGUACAACAUUAACUGGACGCAGAAGUUGGGGGCCGGCAUCAGUGGACCUGUCAGAGUUUGUGUGAAGAAGUCAUCUCAGGAACGCCUGGCCCUAAAGAUCCUCAUUGAUCGCCCCAAGGCAAGAAACGAGGUGCGUCUCCAUAUGAUGUGUGCCAACCACCCAAACAUAGUGCAAAUCCUGGAGGUUUACGCCAAUAGUGUCCAGUUCCCACACGAGUCCAGUCCGAGAGCGAGGCUCCUGAUUGUUAUGGAGAUGAUGGAGGGUGGCGAGCUGUUCCACAGAAUCAGUCAGCACAGGCACUUUACUGAAAAGAUGGCCAGCCAGGUCACAAAACAGAUCAGUCAAGCCUUGGAACAUUGUCACUCCCUAAAUAUUGCACAUCGUGACCUGAAGCCAGAGAACCUGCUCUUCAAGGAUAACUCUCUGGAUGCACCCGUGAAGUUGUGUGACUUUGGCUUUGCCAAAAUUGAUCAAGGAGACUUGAUGACCCCUCAAUUCACUCCCUACUACGUAGCACCUCAGGUACUUGAGGCUCAAAGAAGACACCAGAAGGAAAAGUCUGGGAUUAUACCUACCUCACCCACUCCUUAUACCUAUAAUAAGAGCUGUGACUUGUGGUCUCUCGGUGUGAUCAUCUACGUGAUGCUGUGUGGCUAUCCUCCGUUCUACUCCAAGCACCACAGUCGCACCAUCCCGAAGGACAUGAGGAAGAAGAUCAUGACGGGCAGCUUUGACUUCCCCGAAGAUGAGUGGAGCCAGAUCUCUGAGAUGGCUAAGGACAUUGUACGCAAGCUGCUGAAGGUGAAGCCAGAGGAGAGGCUGACUAUUGAAGGAGUAUUGGCCCACCCGUGGCUCAACUGCACUGAGGCCCUCGACAACGUGCUUCCCUCUGCCCAGAUGAUGAUGGACAAGGCGGUAGUCGCAGGUAUCCAGCAGGCCCAUGCAGAGCAGUUGGCCAACAUGAGAAUUCAGGAUCUGAAUGUUAGCCUGAAGCCCCUAAACUCUGUCAACAACCCAAUCCUCAGGAAGCGGAAACUACUAGGCCCCAAGCCCAGUGACAGUUUCUUCAUUCAUGACCCAGAGAACGGAGGGGAAGACUCCAACGUAGCGCUGGAAAAAUUACGAGAUGUCAUUGCACAGUGUAUACUACCACAAGCUGGAGAGAACGAGGAUGAGAAGCUGAACGAGGUGAUGUAUGAAGCCUGGAGGUUCAACAGAGACUGUAAACUGCUGAGAGACGGCCUGCAGGGGCUCAGCUGGGACGGACGAGCCUUCUCUGAUAAAGUCGACCGCUUGAAGCUGGCUGAAAUAGUGAAACAGGCCAUCGAAGAGAAGACGAAUCUUCAAGAAUCCCAUUAGCAAACGCUGUCUUUCUAUCUUCUUUUUAUAUUGUUUAUUAUGACCCUUUUUAACCCAUAUCUGUAAAGAGGCUUUUUUAUGUAAAAAUGAUGCGCUACUUCUUUUUUUUUUUUUUUCUUCAUGAAUUCACUUGCAAGACCUAUUGUACAGCUGUAGAUAUAUUUCAAAGAGGACUCAUUGGUACUAUAAUUUUUUUUAAGGAUUCUUGCAAAAAAAACAUUGGAAAAAAACCCAAGUAUAUUUUCAUUUUUUGCAACAAAAAAAAAAAAGAAAACAGAAAAGAAGAGAAAAAUCAGUUAAAGAAAUUAUUUUCUGGGAGGGAUUUUUUUAUUAGCUGUUUGUCCAAGUAUUUUAUCCCAGUUAUUUCCUUUUUAUUCUAUUUUCUUUUAUCCAUCCUAAGAAUUUUAUUUAUUUGAAACAAAGAGCUCUGUUAUUUUAUUCCUUACUUGUAGCCUGGCGGUGGGCUGUAAUGUCGAGAGAAGCUGUCUGCUAUGCGACUUUGUUCUUCCACACACACGCUCUGAAUCUCAGACUGUGUUUGAGUUAUCUGAAUCUUUGUUUUUGUGUAACUUUCCGCUGACCUUUUUUGCUGGAUAGAGUUCAAGGCAGAGUGGAAAUGGAGGUAAAAGAAAGUGUCAUGAAAUAGACAAAUGCAGCUUAAUUUUGUCACAACCCCUUAUUUGAAGCUGUUAAGUGACGGUACUAAAUACAUCAAAGAAGACUGACUAAGCAGAAACACUAUGGCUGGGUUUCAUUCUGACACAUUUAGAUCAGUCUGUUUUGACAAAAAAAGUCUUAAUUUGUUAGCUUUUUGGAAGUUUUAAACUGUCUCACGGCCUUCUUUACUUAGACUGUGAGAUGCUGCUGAAAGCUCCAGUUAAGACUUUAUUGUCAAACUGUUUCCACGGUCAGGAAUUAACUUUCAUGAUUAACUAAAUCCAGGUAGGUUCCACAAACAUAUACACAUGAAGAGAUGAUACUGUUUGUCAGCUUGUUGCUUCAUCCGCAACUAUGAAGCAAUCGGAGCUGCUCUUACAUAAACUUGUAUCUACUGGAAUUCAGACCAGGGUCAGUUAAUUAAUGUUUAAGUCCUUUUUAGAGCAGGAGAGCUUGCUACUUGAGCCAACAGAAACAUAAAUUAAGUUGAUGUGUUUAUGGCAGAAAAGAUCGAUAGAAAGGUUUAAGCAUAAACAGGUCUGUUAGGAUUUCAGUCUCAUCCAACAUGCUGUGCUACUAAAUGUGCAAUAGGGCAAUCAUUUAAUAGUGUAUUUAUAGUGCAUGCAUGUACAUGGUAGCGAGAUUGUGUGUAUCCAUCUGUCAGUAUUACUGUCUGACCUUCCCUAUUUCAUUUCAGUGGUCUGAAUACCAGCAAAUACUCCCUCCCUUCGCUCAUCCUCUAGAUGUUUAUUAAUAUCAUAUCAUUGAUUAGCCAAAGUGAACUUUUUUGCUCCAGUGCUCUUGUCAUAUCUGAUAUUAUUUCUUCAAAGAGGGGUUGAAAAAAAGGGAUUCAUGUUUAGGUGUUGUAAGGAGGGCAUUGUUGAAUCAACAGAACAGGGAUUAGAUGGCUGAGAGUGCAAGUUUUCAUGUUCAGUGCCUGGUUAUUUCUUCAAUAACGUUGUUUAUUUUAAAAAUCCUCAAAUGUUUGUUAUGAAGUUCCCCUUUGACCUUUUUUUUUUUCUUCUGUGAACAUAUUUUCCUGUCAAGAUUACUGCAUUAACGAUGUCUUUUUUUUCUUUUUUUUUUACCUUAUUGAAAAUAUAUUCUGAGUAAUUAGCAAACAUUGGUGCAAUAUAUUGUUGCUGUCCAGUGAAAAAUGUGUAUCUCCAAUUUUGGUGAUUUUGAGAUAAACUGAGAUUAAGGAAAUUCUCCUACUUCUUAAAAUAAAUAAACCCUCUAAAAACUCACUGGAUUAUCUUUUUGCAUUGUCACAUAUCUUAAAAAAGGCAGUUUUUUCCUCACGAAUGGUUGACAUUUUGGAGACACAGGACAGUGACGAUAUGUAAGCUGAUCCUUUUUCACACCAUUUGUAACUGACGGGAAGAAAAAGUUCAAGCCUUCCUUUUGUAUGUCUUGUAUUUUUUAUUUAGGUUUGGUUUAAAAACUAAAUUCAUCAAUCAUUA